AUGGUGGAAGGAGGUUUGAAGAGGAGUGAGAAUGGUGAUGGAGGAUUCAGUGUGAGAGAGAGGUUAUUGUUAUCAGCUCAGAUGAAGAAUCAAUCUGAAGUGAAAGAGAAAAAGUCUCUUAAAGGAAGGAAGUUGAGAGAAAGAUCUAAGAUCAAUGUCAGGACAUUUAGUUAUGUGCUUUCAGCUAGAAGCAAGGCUCAGGUUGCUGGUAGAAAUGUGCCAAAUGAUAUCGUUGUCUUCUUAUUCUUUUUUAUUUCAACGUUUGCCCGAUUGAAUUUGACCUAUAAUGAUUCUUUACUGGAUUUGAUUAUUUCUUUCACACUUUUGCAGAUGAUGCAUGUUCUGCCUUAG